GAAGCGGACGUGAAUUGUGUUCAGAACGCGUUAAAUAGUCGUUAUGGCAAGCUGCGCCCGAGUGCGCUCCGAGUUGCUUGACUGAAACUCGUUUAACUUUCUUGCAAUGAUCGUCGAAAUUAAACUAAACAUUGGAAAACUAUGAAGUUUGCGAAUAAAUCCAAUACGAUUUGAGAAUAAGAGUAAGAGGUGUUAUUAAGAAGAAAACUUCGUAUGAUUCCCCUAAGGAGGAACAGAAACUGUAAAGUUCCGACGAAGUGCAUCUGUGCAACUUGAUUAAGAGUUUUGCUUCGGUACAAAAAUAGCCUUUUCAUUUAGACAGUGCAAGUGUAAAAGCGUGAUAAUCGAAAAAACCGAUUUUUUUUAAUGAUUACGUGACGUGAAAGUGUGAGUCGAACAGUGAGUGAAUUUCGCAAGAAAAAGUGAUAAAACGAUUACAUAAACCCAACCUAUUUGAACAACAUCCAAUAAUUAGAUUGACAUUUCCAAACUGUGCUGGAAUGCGAUGAUGCGCUUAAGGAUGUCCAAUGCCAGCUUCAGCAACUACUUGGACAAUAAGAUGGAAGCAUUGCAAGCCAGGUGGAGCAGGUCAAAGCCAAAAGCUGGCGACAGGACCUUGGACAAGGAGGUCUUUUUCGAGAAAUUCGGCACACUACUUAAAAAACAGUCUAGCCAAUUUUUACUGCAAACCAAGCGAGAAGUCACCCCUUUAGAUGAAUCUGCCGAGACCCAAGAGCUGCUCGUGACGGAAAAAUCGAAGCCGAUGAUUAAUUCAUCAUCUGGUGCUACUGCUGAUUCGAAGCAAGAUAUUCCCACAGUCUUACCCACUGAAGCAGCUAUAUUAGAUUCUGACGCAAUCGAAGGCCUAUAUGAAAAAGUUCUAUUGGAAAUUAUUAAUGGUAACUUCAAAACUCAGGACGUUUCGGAAAAGACACUUUUCACCUAUGCCCAGGAUGUGUUCAAAAUGAACGAAAAGACACACGAUGAAAUUCUAAAGCGUGCUCGGUUUAAACCAUUGUCGGAAGUAUAUCUACGAGUUGAGGUUAUCGAGGCAAAACUGCCAGAACUAUCCAAUGAGCAAGGGGCCCCUAAUCCAUUCGUAGUUAUGUACCUUGAAAAUAGUAUUUCGGGCAAGGUGAAGAGUUCCAUUCUGGAGAUAACCUGCAAUCCAAUUUGGAAAGAGUGUUUUACAAUGCCAACGAAUGAAAAUAGUAAAGAAAAUCUGAUACUAGAAGUAUUCCACCACGAGUGUAACAUAACAAAAUUAACGAAAACUGUUCGAGUUUGCCGGAAGUAUGCCCUUAGUUGUGUUAUGCCUAGAUCCUCAUAUCAGAAAUUGAUUGGAAGAACGAGCAUUCCGAUCGAGUCCAUCAGUUCGUCCGGAUUAGUGAUGUGGUAUACUUUGAACAAAAAGAGGCGAACCGAACCCCAAGGAACAAUUAAGUUGAAAUUUCACUUCAGCUCUGCACAGAAUAAGGAGAAGGCCGCCGAGGAACACGAAAUACUCACUCGAAUGUUUCUCGAGUACGAACUAAGAAGCUCUAGUGUGGCACGCUAUUGGUGGUCGGGUAAGUUCACAACUGCAGGAGAGGUCAUACUCAAACAGCACGCUCUUUGUGCUGAUUUAUGCGAAAUUCAAAAGGGGCUAAUUUAUUGGAAUGCGUAUACCUCAGUUCAUACCACCUAUCCGAUAGCGUUCAGUCUUUUCGAAAACGCACUAAGCAAGAUUUGUGUGUUUAUAAAGAAUGGUAGUGUUAAGGAAUCAAGUCUGCGGACAUUUUGGUUGGGCACGAAGAAAAUCCUGCCCUCAUGUUUUGCUGUGAUAAUGAAGCUACGGAAACGUAUCGCUGGAGAUAAGGACAUCGUUAAGACUGUAGCUUCCGUACUAAAGAUUCUUUCCAUGGUGGAUAGUAUCAGGAGUACGUGUGAUAUUGAUCUGUUUUCUCCGGGUGAUUACGAGCAAUUCAAGUACCGAAUUCAGCAAAACCCCAAUAUUACAAUACACGACAUUACGUUAUUAGCGGUACAGAAAGGAGCAAAAAAUUGGUUCGAUCAAACAGUUCUCAAUUCAACAAAGUCUACCUUUUCGGACGAGGAGAAGCUCCGAAAUGCCAUUCAACUUAUUCAGCUGUUACAAAACGACAUUAUGCGAGCUACGACGUACUACAACAAUGAAUUUAAAAGCAUCAUGGACAUCGAAUACACGCGCGAACUGUGUAAACAGCAUGAAGCAAGCAUUGUAGUCCAUUUGAAACCUAUGGUGGAAAAAAUAUGCAAAGGCUUCAAAAAACUUACUAUUAGACUUGAUCAGUACAAUCGGGUUGGUGAAAUGGAUGCUUUGGAUAUGAGCACCACCGUAUUUGAAUUAUACAUUGUGAUGAAAUUAUUUCUCAAGGAAACAGAUAAGCUAUUAAACAGAGCUCACCAUUCUGAAAUUGUGAUCUUCCACAAAUGGUUCAGCGGAGGAAUCUCCCACUGGUGUGAAGUGUUUGCGCUCAAAGCUUUGGCCAGAUUAAGUCAAGCAAUUGAAAUCGAUUUAUUGGUCCCGGAGAUAGGUAUAGAACCAAAACAGUCAUCGUCUACUGGAGAAUUUUUAAACAUUGUUCGGCAGUUGAAAACAUUCUGGCAACAGUUGGACUGGCCAGAUUCAGAUGAACUGAAUCGGUUUUUGAAAAAAAGCAUCGGGGAUAUCUGUAGCUGCUGUGUUUACUAUGCCGAUAGGAUAUCGACUAAACUUAAGCAACCAGAAGACAAAGGCGGUCUCGACAUGGCGACCACAGUUGAACUGAUUGAAAAAUGUGCAUUAGUGAACUCUAACAUUUCGAUACUUCUUGAAGUGCUAGGAACGCUACCCGUUGAUCUAGGCUACAUACACAAAGGAACCGAAGAAUCUCAAGAGCAAAUGGUCCCAAUGAAGGUUUUGAGUAGUUGGAAGACGAAGAUUUUAAAACUAAUGGUCGAUCACUGUUUGUCGGUAAUAAAAAUCAGCAUGAUUGAUUCUCUGACCAAAUGGAACCAGAUUAAAGACAAUAUCGAAAGUUUUGCUAAUCAAACGUCAUGUUUGAUGAGAGAUGGUUUAAGUCAUGACGACUUGAAGUUAGUAGAAAACGAGCUUUGGAAUACACUGACAACAGAAUUCAAUCAUCUUAUAAAACAUACGAUUGAAAAAAAAUCACCUAUUUUGUCGUUCGUGAACCUUAAAGGCUGCUAUGGAAUAAUCGCACAAGCGUUUCUACCAGGUCUUCAAGAUUUGCAAAAUAAUGAAAUACUGGCGGAAAAGCUUUUCAGCAUUGAGAAACAAUUGCAUUUAUAUAGUAGCAGUACCCGCGAUUUAAUUCAUCAGUACUAUCUAGCCUGUAUGGAUGCACAGAACCGACUCGAUGAACCAGAGCGUGGAAUAUUCACUGUACGGUGCUGCAUUCGAAAUAACGCUCUCGAAAUACAAGUAAUCUCAGCUGAGAAUAUUAAACUUCCUCUAGACUUUAAGGGUACCUGUGAUUCAUAUGUGAAGAUCAAUCUUGUACCCGGAUACAAAUUUCCAAGUCUGCAAAUGCCAAAAACACGUACAAAAUCUAAAAACCAUUCGCCAACAUAUAACGAGAAGUUUGUGCUCAAGCUAACCGAUGAGCAGUUCGAAAUUCCGGACGUCCUGAUUGUGUUCAACGUAAAGGUAUCAGAGCUGCUAGGUCUUAGCCAACGACAUGUUGGCGAAUGUUUUCUCAGGCUGGAUAACGUUCCACUUGUCAGCUCUAAUCACGAUGUUCAACGUGUAGACGUGCAACAGCUAUUCCUCACAUUGCCGGAAAAUAUAGAAUCUGACUGCAUCCCAGUGCUUGAAUACCGACAGAACGACAAGGAAGCCACGCAGUUUUUCAAAAAACUUAAACAAAAACUUGGGAAAGCGGCGUAUACUGGCAGUGUAAUAAGCAUUUUCUAGAGUAGUUUCGGUCUAUCGAAUAAAUUUUACGCAUUUACAAACGAGCACAAACGAUUAUUUAGAUCUUAAACUCAAAAAUAGCUUAGAAUUUAUUUGACUUAAACUCACAUACCUAUGUAUCGAUCACGAACAUCCAUACAACAUUUUUAGUAUAAA